GUGAACCUAUGUCCAAAAAGGAGUCGGGAUGUGGUCGACAAUGUUGAGCUUAUUCCAGGAUGUGGAGACCCUCAUCCUCAUCCCGUUUGCCGCCUUCCUAGUCUACUUUUGCUGGGCGGAGUCAAGGAACCGGUUGUACGAACUGGCGGACAAGAUACCCGGUCCUCCGGGAUAUCCGAUAAUCGGCAACGCUCUUGAGUUUCUCGGUUCGCCACACAAAAUAUUUGACAACCUCGUUGCCAAAGGUGACAUUUACACGGAUGUGGCUAAACUCUGGAUAGGUCCGAGGCUUAUAGUGUUCUUGUUCCAUCCUGCUGAUAUCGAACUGGUUUUGAGCAGCCACGAGCAUCUUGACAAGUCGGCCGAAUACGCUUUUCUCAGGCCUUGGCUCGGAAACGGUCUUCUAACAAGUACAGGAGAAAAAUGGAGAGCGCACAGACGUUUAAUUGCGCCAACUUUCCAUCUUAACGUCCUCAGAUCGUUUAUGGUAAGGUUUAACGACAACGCGAAGGUCGUUGUGCGAAGGAUGAAGGAGGAAGGCGACAACGUGUUCGAUGUCCACGACUACAUGAGCGAGUGUACCGUGGAAACUUUGAUAGAGACUGUUAUGGGCGUUAAGAGCCAGACGAAGAACAGAAACUGCUACGACUACGCUAUGGCUGUUAUGAAGCUUUGUGACAUUAUCCACUCGAGGCAGGUCAAAGUAUGGUUGAGGCCGAAAUUCUUAUUUUAUUUCUCGAAAUACGGCAUGGUGCAGAAGGCUCUUCUCGGCAAAAUUCACGGCCUUACUUCAAUGGUCUUGACGAAGAAACAAGAAGAAGUGUUCAGCGGGGUCAAAAGCGACACAGUGGAAGAUACAGAGUUCGAAGAAGUCAAGACUACCAAAGGCUUUUCUUUCGGGCAAGCCUCUGGGCUCAGGGACGACUUGGACGUCGACUUAGAUAUAGGAGAGAAAAAAAGGUUACCAUUUUUGGAAUCAAUGAUUGAGAGAUCCCAGUUCAAGAUGGACAUCACCGACAAGGAAGUCAAAGAGCAGCUGGACACCAUUAUGUUCGAGGGCCACGACACGACCGCAGCUGCAAGCAGUUUCUUCUUUUGUAUCAUGGCAUCCAGACCAGAUAUCCAAAAAAAAUGCGUGGAAGAGUUGUAUAGCAUAUUUGGAGAUUCAGACCGAGAUGUCACCUUCCAGGACACGAUGGAAAUGAAAUAUCUCGAGAGAUGCCUCAUGGAGACCCUCCGGCUUUACCCCCCAGUGCCGCUGAUAGCCAGGGAGAUGAAAAAAGAGCUAAAAAUAGUAUCGAAAAACCUGACGAUCCCUGCCAAUUGUACCGUGUGCAUUGUACCGUACAAGCUGCACCGACGUGACGACGUCUACCCGAAUCCGAACCACUUCGACCCGGACAAUUUUCUCCCGGAAAAAUCCGCCAAACGGCACUUCUAUGCCUUCAUUCCGUUCAGUGCCGGCCCAAGGAGCUGCGUCGGGCGCAAAUACGCAAUGCUCAAGCUGAAAACAAUUUUGGCUACAGUUCUGAGAAAUUUUCACGUGAAACCAGGCUGCUUGGAAGACCGCUGGGAUCUGCAGGCCGAUAUUAUCCUUAAAAGGAGCGACGGGUUCAAUAUACAGCUCGAACCAAGAAAAUCCUUGAAAGUCUAGACAUUUCGAAUUAAUUUUAGGCAAAUUAAGCAAACGUCGUUUCCUGCUUUUGUAUUAAUUAUU